GGCUCGCUGUGGCGCCGGUGCUCAGUAGCACGCAUUGCUGCGAGGUGCGUAAUGCGUGUACGAACGUGGCUAAUGUUGGCGACACUGCUGGUGGUGGCGCUGUGGGCACAAGUGGCGGUGCCAGUGGCGUUGUUCGGCACUAAGAAACGCAAGUGGUACAAGCGCAAGAAAGGCUGGCGGCGCCGCGACGAGGAGGAGGAGCAAGAGGAGUACCCGGACCAGGACUACGGCGACGGCGCUAACGCGACCAGUGCUGCGCUCGCCACUGUGCGCCAGUGCGCGCAGGCGCAGCUGCAGGUGCGGGCGCCGCUGAUGCUGGCCGGCGCCGGCGCUGCGCUCUUACACGGCGUCGCCUGA